UUCUCAAGUGCGAGAGCUUCCCUCCGCGAUCCUCGGCUUUCUCGCGUCGACGUCUCUACCCGUCGCCUUAUCUCCUGCGCGCCCGCAGCCAGAGAUAGUAAUCGCCCGGACUUCGUAACCGCGAACCACCGCCGACCAGACUCACGCCGCCUUUCGUAGCCUCAGUCGUCACUGCAUUAGUUUAGCACACCCGGCGGCAGGCCCGCCCGCCGGCGCCGUCACUGAGUGACAGAUCCGUACAAGGAAUCAAGGCUGGCUUCCAUACCCCGCUGCGGAAGGACGCUCGCCAUGCGACGCCCUAUCGGCGGCGCGGACGGCGCCGGAAGCCGGCGCGGGCUCGGCGCGCUGUUCAUGCUGACGUGUCUUGCCGCGGUUUCCCCCCGUCCGCAGCCGCGUCCCUUUACGCCGCCUCCCAAGUGCAAGUCCUCCUGGAAUUCCAAGCGGGCGUGGGGCGGACUUUCGCCGGGUGGGGUGGCUGGGGGGAACUGCAGCACUGCCGCGCAUGUGACAUGCGACAGCCAGGGAAUGAUCACCAGCAUGGUCUACAUUCUCAAGGAUUAGACGGGUACAUCCCAUCUACUAUCGGCAGCAUGGUUGGCCUGACUUACCUGGAUCUGGGUUACAAUGCCCUGAUUGGAUCUAUUCCAUCUACCAUUGGCAACAUGAGCAGCCUCACCUACCUGGGAUCUUAGAAGCAAUUUGUUGACUAAUUCUAUUCCAUCUGCAACCAGCAGCAUGAGCAGCCUCUCAUUUCUUAACCCAUGGAACCCCUGCUCUGCACACACCAUUAGGGAUCUGGCCAACAAUGGCUUGACUGGGUCUAUUGAAUCUACCAUCAGCAACAUGAGCAGCCUCAGUUACCUGAAUCUCAGAGAAAACGCUUUGACUGGGUCUAUUCCAUCUACCAUCGGUAACAUGCGCAGCCUCACUUACCUGAGUCUAAGCUCGAACUUAAUCUCGCAGGACAUCCCACAGUCCUUUGCGAGCCUCAUCAACUUGAGAACAUUUGAUGUCAGCGAAACCAAUCUCACUGGCCAGCUCCCUCCAACAAUGGGCAGCCUUACCAGUCUUGUAGACCUGGGCAUAUCUGGAACUGCAAUCACAUGCCCACCUGACAACAGCAGCUGUGUGGUUCCGCAGACACCUUCAAGCGCUUUCUGCCGGAGAUGCUUCUCCUUCUGCUCCACAUGUGCUGGGCCAGCACCACCUCCUGCCGCUUCCUCCGAGUCUGGAGGAGGCCUUUCAGUAGAAGCCAUAGCUGGCAUUGCUGCUGGUGGCAGUGUGGCUAUCCUCGCACUGCUGCUGCUGGGCUGGUGCUGUACAAGCAAUGGCGCAUCAUAAGGGCAAGGGCCGCAGCAAAGGGAUGUGGAGGAACGAAUGUGGAUGGGGAGAACUUGGCACCAAAAAAUGCA